AACGCGCAUGCGUCAGCGGGACGCCUACAGGACCUAGGGUGGGCGAGAGCCUAUGAGGCGCUUUUGUGGCAGCGGCGCAGGGGGCGGCGCCUGAUUUGAACGGGCCGGCGGCGGGGCCGGGGACUGGGACUGUGCGGGCGCCGCCUGUCCGCGCCAUGGCCAAGCAGCUGAGCCGGGAGCAGGGCAUCACCCUGCGGGGCAGCGCCGAGAUCGUCGCCGAGUUCUUCUCUUAUGGCAUCAACAGCAUUUUAUAUCAGCGUGGGAUCUAUCCCUCGGAGACCUUCACACGUGUCCAGAAAUACGGGCUCACUCUGCUCGUCACUACAGAUCCUGAACUUAAAAACUACCUGAACAACGUGGUAGAACAGCUAAAAGACUGGUUAUGCAAGUGUUUAGUACAGCGGUUGGUGGUGGUAAUCUCUAGUAUUGAAAACAAUGAUGUUCUUGAAAGGUGGCAGUUUGACAUUGAAUGUGACAAGACUGCAAAGGAUGAGAGUGUACCAAGAGAGAAAUCUCAGAAAGCUAUCCAGGAGGAAAUUCGAUCUGUUAUCAGACAAAUAACUGCCACAGUAACAUUUCUGCCUUUGUUGGAAACAUCCUGUGCCUUUGACCUACUCAUUUACACAGACAAAGAUUUGGCAGUGCCAGAAAAAUGGGAAGAGUCAGGACCACAGUUUAUUGCCAACUCUGAAGAGGUCCGUCUUCGUUCCUUCACUACCACCAUUCACAAAGUAAAUAGUAUGGUGGCCUACAAAAAGGAUUCCUUUCCUUGAUGGAAUGAAUAAUAUGGUCUGUGUCCAGAAACUGCCUUCUUGUAAAUCUGAUGCUAUGAACUGUAGUUUCAUCCUGAACAGUGUUUUUGGUGUGGGUGUUUUUCUGUAUCUUUUACUCAAGUUUGGAUCAAAAUAAUAGCAAAACAAAGCAGUUCUCUUGUUCACAUUACACCGUAUGCUGUGCUGAGGCCUUGCUGACCUAUUCUCAUCCCUCUAAUGAGAGACAAAGGAUUUACUUAGGAAUAUGGCAGUGUCUUCUUAUACGGAACAGUAUGCCAAAUCCAUUCUAGAUUGGAGCACCAAGAGCAAUAUCAAACACUUAACCCCUCUAAAACCUGGCUUAGAAAGGCUGCUUAGAGAUAAUACACUUAUGAUUGCCCUGGAAUACUUUUUGAAUGGCAGCUGUUACCUAAUCUUCAAUAUGAUCUCAUAAUAAUACAUAAGAGAUGCACACUAACAGACUUCUAAAAAUAUACUGUUGCUUGAGAAAAAUGGUUCUGACAAAUAGGGGUUGUUCUUGAUAGCAAUUUAGGUGGAUAGUGGUGUUAAUGAAGAUGAUCCUGGAAUUAAUUCACUGGUGAAGUCUCAUCUGUCCCUCCCACCUCUCUGCUCCAGGACAGAAAUUAUAAAAUCAGUCCUCUCCACUGUGUAAUGAAAGGUCUGGAUAUGAAUGAUUGAUUGUACUCUAGUCUAAACCCAAAAUCUCUGUAUUGUUUUACUCUGUGGGUAAUGUCUUCAUGUUAAUAUUUCUUAUUUUGUAUUCAUGUUUUAUAGAAUAAAGCUCUAAAAUCUUUAAUGAAAACUUUUUUACAUUUGUGCAGUAUCUGGGAACUACACGUUUCAUGCGUCUUAGACAAUGUCCUUAAAUUUGUGCAAGUCAAACACUAUUCCCUCAGAAAGGCUUAACAUCACUAUCGCAGCUUCUGUUACUUGUUUCACCUGGUGUUAGUUUUCUAACUCUGAAGAUUAGAAUAAAGUCUCACUCCUGCCUGGGCUUACAGGAUUUGUGCACAAGAUAAGAAAAAAUGAUUUAGUGGUACUUGGUGUAUAAAAUCCACUGCUCUGUGUAGGUCUUUAUAUAAAAGAACAUUGAAUGAGGGUCCUUAAAGGCAAAAAUAGUACCUGAAACUGCUUCUAUUUCAACUCAACAAUAUCCCUUUUAAGCAGACUUAGAAAAUGACAAAGUUGCAUGGACAGCUUUUAAGAUGCACACCUCCAGAAUUUUAUUAGUGUAACAGUUAAGAUCAGAUUGAACUUUCUUUAUCUGUGCAUAUUACAAUCUUAAGAACACUCAAACAUACUGUCGUGGCUGAAUCUCCACUCUGUCACUUUAAGUACAGAAAGUGGGGGGCCUGCAAGUGUUCUAAAAAUUAAUACUUGCCAUUCCAGGCUUGUAUUAAACUCCCAAGGUUACAGCUUUUCUCUGACUUUGGCUUGGUAAAUGCUACCACCACCCAAAUG